AGGCUCAAGCCACUUGGCCGGUACCUUUGUCGUUUCCAGCCGGCCCAUGUUUGCUUGCUGCACCGGACCCGUGCGCGAUGCGAUCGAGGUACAGGUGGAAGAGCUGAAGCCUGCGCCAGUGGAGGAGGUUUCCAAGCCGGAGAGCUCGGCGCCGGACAACGUCACUGAGGACACGUCUGCGCCAAAUGCGGACGCGGUCGCGAAGGCCGAGGACAAGUUUUGGCAGGCUAUCUUCCGAGAGGAGGACUCCAACCUUUAUAUGGACUACUUGCCCAGCAAGCACGUCCCUGGGGGUGCCAGUUACAAGAUCCGUAUCACCAUGGAGAUUUCCCUCACUGUGGAAGACGCGGUGAUGUGCUUUAUGGACUUCUCCCCCAGGAAACUGAACUAUGCCACGGACUAUCGCGACAUCAAGGUGGACCAGAUCUUGAAGCAGAGCGGGAACCUCCCUGGAGGGAUCCCUGAAGAGAGCAUUGCCACGGUGAGCCCCAACUUCUCGGGCGUGCUGAUGCUGAUGCGGGCCUUCUUGCCCAAGACCUUUCCGGUGCGGCUCUGCUUGGGCCGGGACGACAGAGGCUACCACUUCAUGCAGGAGACGCUGGGAGCAGACGGCCACCCGGACGGGAGGACCAAGAAGGAAGGAAGCAUCUUGCCGCAUCCGACUGACAAGCAGAAGUGCCUCAUCGUGUCUGUGAACGAGGUCACCUCCUGGGUGCCGGUCUGGGCCGUGAAGCUCACGGCGCCCAAGGUCAAGGGCCACCUCCUGGAGUACACUGACCGCUACCGGGAGUACAAGAAGUCUCAGUGAGAGUCCAGCGCUCUUUGGGUACUCCAGUGAAAGAGUGUCGUGUGACUUUCAAAGCGCAGAACCUCGAGUGCUUGGGUGCUAAACAACCCACGGUUGUUGGAGGUUUAGUUUGGGAGACAGGAGCCUGCACUCUAAGAGUGCGCAUCGCCGCCAAAGGCGGCGAUGGGUCAGUUGCAGCACCUUUCAGCUCUCUGCGGC